CAUGGCUGUGGGAAGUAGUUCCGGCUGGGCAGGUUUGCAAGUCCAAGAGAGAAAAAGUUAGAGAGGGGGAUUGCAGAGGCGCACGGUGCCACAGCCAGGACCACUGGGAUCCUCUGCAAGCGCAACAACAGCCAACACGCCAAGAAGAAGAAGUGUUUUUCUUAUUAAUUCUAUUUCACUGAGGGCAGGUGUGCAGGAGGGGGAAGCAGGGCUAUGUCUUGCGAGUAGAGAGAAGUAGAGUUUGUGAGUGUUAACGCAGGCGGAUCCUUGUUUUAUUCCCGCAAGAUGAGUAAAGACUUGAACAGCCUGCGACAGCUCGCCGUAGCACUGCUCUUCUUCGCCCUGUGCGUCGCGGUGCAGCAAUCCGACUCAGCGGCUUGCCAUGGUUGCGUGGGAUCCAAGUGUGACUGCAGUGGCGUAAAAGGAGCCAAGGGUGAGAGGGGUUUCCCAGGUCUCACCGGACAGCCAGGCGUCCCAGGAUUCCCCGGACCUGAGGGGCCGAUCGGACCCAGAGGAGAAAAGGGAAGUGAUGGACCUCAAGGACUAGCUGGCCCAAAAGGAAUAAGAGGACCUUCUGGAUUGCCAGGAUUUCCAGGAACACCAGGACUUCCGGGUCUGCCAGGGCAGGACGGACCUCCAGGCCCAAGAGGAACACCAGGUUGCAACGGCACAAAAGGUGAACGGGGUUUCCCAGGAUCUGGAGGAAUCCCUGGACAACAAGGACGGCCGGGUCCACCUGGUCUUCCAGGACCAAAGGGAGACCCAGGUGAUGUGAUCUCCACCAACCGUUUCGGAGAGAAAGGAGCAGUGGGAUUGCCCGGAUUGCCAGGAGUUCCUGGCACUCAAGGACCCUCCGGGUUUCAAGGUCCGGUCGGCCCUCCAGGACCCAGAGGCUUCGAGGGCCCUCCAGGUCCUCCUGGUGCUCCAGGACCUAAAGGAAACAUGGGAUUGAACUUCCAAGGACCCAAAGGAGAGAAGGGUGAGACAGGUUUGCCAGGACCUCCCGGCCCUCCAGGGCAGGUUGGGGAACAGAAGAGGCCACCUGAGACAGAGAUCCAGAGGGGAGACAAGGGUGACCCAGGUAUUCCCGGCCCCGCAGGUGAUCCAGGCUAUCCAGGACCUCCCGGUCCCUCCGGUGGCCAGAAAGGAGAGAAAGGAGAACCAGGAGAGGCCGGCAAACGGGGCAAACCAGGCAAAGACGGAGACCCCGGUUCUCCAGGCUUCCCUGGAAUCAAAGGAGAGUCAGGCCUGCCAGGUCCUCCAGGCAGGGAUGGAGAGAGAGGACUAAAAGGUGAUCGCGGGUACCCAGGACCACCAGGACUGGUGAUUGGUGGGCAGACUGGAGCUCGGGUAGGUCCUAAAGGUGAGCCCGGGUUCCCCGGAGCACCAGGACUCAAAGGAGACCGAGGACCAGCAGGUUUGACAGGACCUCCAGGACCGCCAGGACUUCCAGCAAUUGGUGCUGGUGGUGGGCCUGGAUCUCCAGGCUACCCGGGAGAGAGAGGUCAGAAGGGAGAACAAGGCGCUCCAGGGCUUUCCCUGCCAGGUCCCCCAGGACGUCCAGGGAGUCCUGGACUCCAGGGUCCAGUUGGGCCCCCUGGACCUCCAGGCUAUUCCUCUGGAGGACAAAACUGCAUCGGUGGAGAGCCUGGGCGUCCCGGCUUGCAGGGAGAGAGAGGUUACCCAGGAGAAACGGGCCAGAAAGGUGAGAAAGGUGACACCUGUGUGAACUGCUAUGGUGGCACCAGUGGCGUCCCUGGACCCCCAGGACCUGCAGGAAAGCCUGGAUUCCCAGGAUCUCCUGGCAGCCCAGGUGCUAAAGGAGACAGAGGAUUCCCAGGAACACCUGGUUCACCUGGUUCCGCUGGUUCCCCUGGUCCUCAAGGUUCUCCAGGAUUCCCUGGAGAGAAGGGAGACCCAGGUGAUGCCAUCACUGUCAGCGGUCUGAGGGGAGAGAAGGGUGACACCGGCUUCCCUGGACCACCUGGUCUGCCAGGUCUGGAUGGUCGACCCGGUCGCGAUGGACAGCCUGGAGGUCCUGGACCAAAAGGAGUUCCUGGCUCUUUGCUGGUGAAAGGAGAGCGAGGGCUCCCCGGUGUGCCAGGUUCUCCAGGGCUUCCAGGAGACAGGGGUCCUCCAGGUCCCCCUGGUUUUGGACCUCAGGGACCUCCAGGAGAGAAGGGUAUCCAGGGCGUUUCAGGAAGACCCGGAGGGCCUGGAGCACCCGGUGCUAAAGGUGAGCCAGGUCUGACAGUGGCGGAGAAAGGCCUGCCAGGACCCAGAGGACAGGAUGGCGAGCCAGGAUCUCCCGGUUCUCCAGGUAGCCCAGGUCAGCCCGGCCAGCCUGGUUUCCCCGGAUCACCAGGAGCGAAGGGUGAACCCGGACUCCCAGGGAUUGGACUCCCAGGACCACCAGGAGUUAAAGGAUUCCCAGGUAUCCCCGGCCAGCCAGGAAGCCCAGGAGGACCAGGCAGACCAGGAGUAGACGGCCUCCCCGGCCAGCCCGGAUUCCCCGGGGCCAAGGGUGAACCUGGCUUUGGACUUCCUGGUCCUCCAGGUUCACCAGGAGUGCCUGGAGGUAAAGGUAUACCCGGACUCAAGGGAGAUGCUGGUCUCCCUGGUAGCCCUGGAGCACCAGGGCGAUCUGGAUUUGAUGGUGGUCCAGGACCUAAAGGUGACGCUGGUAUACCUGGUGCCCCUGGAGCUCCUGGCCCAGCCGGAUCCCCCACCAUUGGCUUAGUUGGGCCCCCAGGCCCCCCUGGACCCCCAGGCGUGAUGGGUGCACCAGGCGAGAAAGGAUUCCCAGGAGGAAAUGGAGAGAAGGGAGACCCCGGCGCUCCAGGUCUAGAUGUCCCAGGAUUACCAGGAGACAGAGGAAGUCCCGGUUUCCCAGGUUCCCCAGGACCAGUGGGUGCCCCAGGACCCCCUGGAGGAUCUGGACGGGAUGGCCUGCCUGGACUACCAGGUGCCAAAGGAGACAUGGGUCCCAUGGGACCUCCAGGACCUGGUGGAGGACCUGGUGGCCCUGGAGGACCAGGUGCUCCAGGACUUAAAGGUGAACCUGGAUUCCCAGGUAGAGAUGGCUCACCCGGUGGUCCCGGUGCUAAAGGAGAAAGGGGUGACGCUGGUGUCCAGGGACCUCCAGGACCCACCCAGCCGGUAGUGGCCGUAAAGGGAGCCAAAGGAGACUCAGGACUACCAGGUGCACCAGGUCUUCCAGGUCAGAAAGGCAUUGCUGGUGUAUCCGGUGACCCUGGACUGCCAGGAUCAGAUGGACGUCCUGGACUUCCUGGACCAUCAGGUCCUAAGGGAGAUUCUGGCAUCCCAGGAGGCCCAGGUGGUCCUGGGGCUCCAGGACAGAAAGGCGCUAUGGGAGAGAUAGGAUUUCCAGGACCGUCUGGGCAGAAGGGUUUAUCGGGUCAGCCAGGUCGGCCAGGAUCCCCAGGAUUGCCAGGAGCACCUGGUUUCCCUGGAGCCAAAGGUGAUCCAGGUUCUGCUGGAGUCGGACCACCUGGACCACCAGGAAUCAAGGGUGAGCCAGGCCAGCCAGGGUUCCCAGGAGGUCCAGGACUGAAAGGAGGUCCAGGAUCACCCGGUCUCCCAGGUUUACCAGGAGGACCAGGUUCCAAAGGCGACCCCGGUCUCCCAGGAUUCCAAGGUUCUCCCGGUAUCCCCGGUGCUAAGGGUCUCGAUGGUGGGCCCGGUGCCCCAGGUCUCACUGGAGCUCCUGGUAGACCAGGAGAACCUGGCCGACCAGGAGGACCAGGGUUCCCAGGAGAGAAAGGUCAGGCAGGUCGGGAUGGAAUCCCAGGACCGGCUGGAGUCAAAGGAGAGCCAGGGCUUCCCGGUUAUGGCGGUCCAGGUCCUGCUGGGCUUCCAGGAUUGCCAGGUGCUAAGGGAGACCCAGGUCUUCCUGGCCCAUCUGGAAGCCCUGGUUUCCCCGGUGCAAAAGGAGACACUGGCUUCCCUGGCCUGCCAGGUAAUGCAGGCAGCAUUGGCCCUCCUGGGCCUCCAGGACUGGCGCUGCAAGGCCCCAAAGGAAUCCAAGGACCCCCAGGACCACCUGGAAGAGCAGGUCCCCAAGGUCCUCCAGGUGCACCCGGCCCAGAGGGUCCUCGUGGACCCCAAGGAAUAGGCGGCAUCAAGGGAGAGAAGGGUCUUGCCGGCUCGCCCGGGCAGCCUGGCUUUCCUGGACAGAAGGGAGAUCUUGGUUCUCCAGGAUUCUCGGGUCCCUCUGGUAUUCCUGGUGGCCCUGGUGCGAAGGGAGACAUCGGUCUGCCUGGCGUUCCUGGAUUCCCUGGACCAAAGGGAGACCCAGGAAUUCCAGGUUCUAGCGGCCUUCCCGGAGAUCCUGGAGAUAUCGGACUUCCUGGACCUCCUGGUGACCCCGGUGUAUCUCCGGCCCCCAUCGUAGUGAAGGGAGAGCGAGGACCCCCUGGUCCUGUGGGCCAGCCUGGUGGUCCGGGACUACCUGGCUCCCCUGGACGUGAUGGACUCCCAGGUCAGUCUGGUGACCCCGGGGAUUCUGGUCCGGAGGGUCCCCCUGGAUUCAGUGGCCCGCCAGGCAGGAAGGGAGACAAUGGACCUGCCGGUCAGCCUGGUACACCUGGCUACCCUGGUCCCCCUGGUUCAGAUGGUCCACAGGGUCCUCCCGGUCCUCCAGGAUCAGUUUCGGCAGCCCACGGCUUCCUCAUCACCCGACACAGCCAGGGUGCGGAAGUGCCACCCUGUCCCGAUGGAACUGGCAUUGUCUAUGACGGAUACUCGCUGCUGUAUGUGCAGGGUAAUGAGAGGGCGCACGGACAGGACCUUGGCACGGCCGGCAGCUGUCUGCGCAGGUUCAGCACCAUGCCCUUCAUGUUCUGCAAUAUCAACAACGUCUGCAACUUCGCCUCCCGCAACGACUACUCCUACUGGCUGUCCACACCCCAGCCCAUGCCCAUGUCCAUGGCCCCCAUCACUGGAGAGAGCAUCAAGCCUUACAUCAGCAGGUGUGCAGUGUGUGAAGCUCCAGCCAUGGUGAUUGCAGUCCACAGUCAAACCAUCCAGAUUCCCAGUUGCCCUGCGCGUUGGGUGACUCUGUGGAUAGGAUACUCCUUCAUGAUGCAUACCAGCGCAGGUGCAGAGGGCUCCGGCCAGGCCCUGGCCUCCCCCGGCUCCUGUCUGGAGGAGUUCCGCAGUGCUCCCUUCAUAGAGUGCCACGGCAGGGGGACAUGCAACUACUACGGCAACUCCUAUAGCUUCUGGCUGGCCACAGUAGACGCCAAUGAGAUGUUCAGGAAGCCCCAGUCGGAGACUCUGAAGGCGGGUAACCUACGGACGCGGGUCAGCCGUUGUGUGGUCUGCAUGAAGAGGACGUAACGGCACACGGCAACGAGCAAACCAACUGUUGCUGGGGACGUCUGAUCGAUGACAGGAGAUGAAUGAUUUGAUGACGGGGGACAAGUAGGGGGGCGGUGGUCACGGUGGCGGAUAAGCUGUUAACGUGGCGACAAGGUGGAAUUCCAAUGGUGCAUUGUCUUCCGGAAAGAAAAAAAAAAACUACAUCUAAAACAAUGGUGCUACUGUGCAACACAGCUUAAAAAAAAGAAAAAAACUGAUCAAAAUCUUACAUUUAGUCUUUGGUUUUCUUAAGAAGUACCUCAAAGUGAAAGCAGAAAAAUAUCCACUAAAUGGUGCCAUGAUGGAUGUGUGACAACAAAUUUUCAUUCUUUUCCCUUCUUUCCCAAAAAGGAUCACUGUUUCCUUUCUCUCUUUUUAACAAAAAAAAAAAAUCACUUUUGACGUUGGUGCAACAAAAAUGUGAUACUGUACAUCCAUUUCUAGACAGAAGUGCUCUUUUUUUUUUUGUUUUGUUUUGUUUUGUUUUUUGGCCUUAUUGAUGAGGAGCAGAUGGUCUCCACGGUUACCAAAAUCGGCACUUUGACUUCGGAAACAUCCUAGAUGAGAGAUGCACUGACGAUGAGCUUUCCUUAGUGAGACUGACUGCCUUUUUUUUUAUUUUUUUUUUUUUUAUUACUAGCUCUUCAUUCACACCCUCUCUCUCUCUCUCUCCCUCUCUCUCUCUAUCUUUCCCUCUCUCUCUCUCUCUCUGUCAUUUUUCUGUCGUCUUACAUUUGGUGGUACUAACCCUGCUGCAGCCUGCCUGCUAACCAUCAGCCUACACCUUCUUCCGCUUACUUUUUUUUUUUUUGUAAGUAAUAAAAUGUGUAUAUUGUGUAAAACACCUUUUAUUUUUAGUGUAUUAGGUCCUGAAUCGGUACCAGCUGUUUUGUUAUAAGACAAUUUUUCCAGGUUCUUUUUAGCUCGCUUACUCACUCACUCACACAUGCACACACAUACACACACAAACACACACUCAUUCAUUCAUUCACUUCAUUGCUCACUGACACACAUCGACUCAGAUAUUGUACAAAGUAAGGCUUUUAUGAAUGAAACAGUAUUUUAUAUAUAAUAAAUAUAUAUAUGAAAAAAGAGGAUAAUGAGGUAUAUAAACUUAUUCGGCUGAGGGGAGAUUGUUCGCUGUUUUCAACCACAAACUAAGGUCAUGCAUUUCACCAAGAAAUAAAGCUAACUACCGAGCACAGACAGAGCCGUUUUCCCUAAAACAUAACAGGCCUGUAUGAUAUUAACAACGCCAAUCACUUAAACCUUUUGUAUUCAAUUUGUAGAGUUAAUAAAUGUCGAACUGAAUUAAAGGGGAUUUGCUUCUAGAUAGUCUAAUGAUUGGGGAAUGUUAGAGAUGGAUUUGAAUUAAACCUCGGCUCCUUCAUGAGAAAACCACGGUCUUUGUUUUGUGUGUGUCUCUAUUUUUUUUUUUUUUUUUUUUUUUUUUUUUUUUUUUUUUUACAUUUCCAGGUGCUGGGCUUUUGCUAUAAAGAGAGGACCUGAGGUUUUGCACCCAAAAUCUUCAAAUCCACUUUUGCUGGCUUGAAUUUGUAUCCAAAAUUGGUUCAAGUGUUCACACUCGACCCUGUUGAAACACAGGUUUAAAGUGUUCAUUUAAAUCAGGUGUGAUAGUCCUUGAUGUGACACUUCAUUCACAUCGAGUGUACGCACUCCUGGUGUACUGUAAGUCUACAACAGCUGUUUUAGGGAGGGGGGGAGAAAUAUUUUCCUGUGAUUUUAUUGUUAUUUUUAUUUUUUCAAAACUGCUUUUAUGAAUUCUAAUUUUUGUCAACCUGGGGUGCGAUUAAAAUGUGUAUUCAUUGUUUUUUUUUCUUUUGUUUUGUUUUCAUGUUAUGUUAUCCAGAAGUUGUUAUAAACUUUUAAGACUGAAAUAAAUACUAUGUCCAAA